AGAGAGGAUACUCGUGUCGCGCGAUAACCGUCGCCGAGGUGCAAACCAGCCGCGAAUUCGAAAGGCGGCCAGUCGCUGUUCGCGCGUCGACGACGGCGCGUCGCGAGGUCCGCUCGUGCCGCGAGAUUAACGGAGAGACCUCGAUGCUCUCCGCCUGACGCACAGUACGCUCGCGUUACUAUCUCGUUAGGACGGACUAUCGUUUCGAGAAGAAUAAGAUUGAAGAGGGGAAGAACUCUGGUGAUGAGGCGACGCAAUGUUCGAGAACGUUGCACGCUGUCAGCAACAAAAUUGGAUCGUGCCGGUGUCCCAACGAGGAAGCGGAGCGUCGAGACGAAUGUUGUAGUAAAAGAAGACUACUCGAGGUGGCUCGAAUGAGCCUCGAUACUUAUACCGAACGGUCGUUUCAUCCAGAGAUGGACGCAGAUUACGAUCGAAUCACGUAACGUGGCAUGUGUCACGUGCCACGGCCAAGUCGAGAUAGUUUUUCGUGGUGCAAGCGACAUUAAUCGCGAGCGCGAACCAGUCAGUAUUUAAUCGCACGCUAAGCCAGGGCGAAAAUUGAAAGCGUCGGAUACGACGGCGCAGAUUUAAAGCACAGACAUGUCGGGGCGACCUAGCGGUCGGCUCGACGUGAAAUUGCCUGACGCCGGCUUGGUAUAAAACAGCUGGUAAUAAAGAAGAAGUGGCGUGAAGAAGAGGGAACGCUCCGAGCGCAUGGCAGAGGGAGAGAGAGGAGGGGAAGAAGGAGCGAGCGAGAAGCGCAAAAUGAGAGCAACGAGAUAUGUGUUGGGCAGCGCGAUCUUGGGACUCUUUUGGAGCAGUUUACUCAAGGGCGUCCUGACCAACUCCACAAGCAGGUGCGAUUAUCCGCCCUGUUCCUGCGACCACUACGGCAGAUUGUCCUGCGACUGCAAGGAGGAGGGAGAGGAAUUAAUCCUAACCACGGAGGGGGACAGACGGCUGAGUCCACACACUAGCAGGAUACUGGUCAACAACUGCUCGUCCGUGAUCCUCGCCAACUCGAGCCUACUCUCAAUGACUGGGCUACGAUCUGUGGACCUAACGAACGUGGCGAAUCUUACCCUGGUCAGACAGAGCUUCGAACUGUCGCCGUACAGCUCGCGCACGCGGAUCACCGUGCGGAACAGCAGCAUCGACGUGAUGCCGAGCUUCGUCUUCCGCGGCGACAUCGAGGCGAUCGCGUUCGAGAACGUGCGGAUCGGCCAACUGAGUGCCUUCUCGUUCGCCAAUCUGAUUCACACCGAGAACAUACGGCUGGAGAACUGUCGCGUCGAGACGACGGAGGCGCAGGCCUUUAAGAAGUUCGACGUCGGCUACCUGCACGUGAUAGGCGGCACGUUCGGCGAUCAGACGCCCAGUCGCACGAUGAACGACAUCGAGGUCUACCACAAGUUCUUGCUGGACGGCGUGCGGCUGGGCGUCGUGAGGAGCAACGCGUUCAUCGUGAGGAGCCCGCGCACGGUGGCGAUACAGAACUGCGUCGUCGACAGCCUGGAGAGCGAGGCUUUCGACGUGACGGCGCGCGGCGCCGUCAUCAUCAAGAACAACACCUUUGGCAGCAUCAGCGUGGGCGCGUUUCUGGGCAUACGCGCGGAUCGCGAGGCCAGGCCGCCGCCGUCGUCGUCGUCGUCGCUGGCGCACGACCUCAUCUUCAAGAAUAACAGCGUCAAAAGCUUCGAGGAGGGCUCGCUCAUGUUCGAUCGCACGAGUUUCCGGCCGGAGCUCGACAAUCUCGUAAUCUCGCAGCCGUGCGACUGCCAGAUGUUGCCCGUGUGGAAGAACUAUGUGCUCAACUAUACGAACGUGUACUCGCGGUUCUACGCGAGGGAAAACUCGCUGGUGCCGCCGCAGUCGCAGCCCCAGGAGCCGAUCAACGAGACACCGGAGAGCUUCCUGUGUCUGGACGGCGGGGUGGACGGUGCGCCCAUCACCUUCGUCGAUUACGAGACGCGUCACUGCUCGCUCGGCGGCUCCAUGCUCGUGUUCAUCCUAAUCAUCGUGGGUGCUAUCCUCGCCCUGAUAAUAUGCAUCUGUUUGAUCGUCUGGUGCUGUCGAAGGCGCCGGCGGAACAACAGGAAAAAGUGGAUCAGCGUGCCGACCAACGCACCUGACGUGGUCUCGAAGAAGAACGGCGUGAUCGGCAGGGAAGCCGCGACGUCCGGCACGCCGGUCGACAGUAGGAUAACGAUGGUGGUACCGGACGGCAGGCUGUACCGGGAGACGGAGUUUCACGUGAUCGUCGAGAAGGCCGAGCCGCUCACGACCGAGUUGUAACGAGACGCCCCGGGCGGCUCGACGAGGAGGCCCACGACCGUCGCUCCCGUUGAAGAGGAACUCGAGUGGGCGGAAACGUCGAGCCGCUUCAGAGUGUACAAGCUGUGAGAGCCGCGGAACAGUCAAGUGAUCGUAAAAACUUUGACGAUCGGAGAACGCGAGAGGGCUCCCUACAACGGAGUGACGUUACUCGCCUGCGUGAAUCCUUGUCGCUUGGAGUAUAAUAGAACACAAGUGUGUACGCGCUCCCGGAAAAUUGUGUCCCAUUUCCUUUUCCUUUUCAUUUUAAUCGAUUGUCUCUCCUAGUACAACACAGUAAGCUUCCAUUCACAUAUCACGUGCGGCCGUCGAUUACCCAGACCGCGCGUUCCUUUCAUUCCACAAGGUCCGUCUUUUACCCAAAGACCGGUCGCGGCAAUUAAAAAGUUUUCCCAGAACGAGUCGCCAAUUCGGGUAAUCGGUCGACGCAGCUAGUUUAAGUUUAUCAUUAAACUUUGGAAAGAGAGAGAGAGGAGUGGAAGAUGAAGCGAGACCCUCGUCGAAGCGAUGCGACUUAGGAGGCAGAGGAGAGAGUGAGAGAAGAGCGUGACUCGUGUAGAGAAAACUAAAUUCGCUGUCUUGCGUAAGAUACGCGAUUGGGCCGACCUUUCGCACUCCUGUUGCUUUUAAGUUGAUCGAUAGCGAUAGCGCGUUCAUCGACGAAACAUUAGUGAGCGUUUCGAGCGAAAAUGACGGUACGAAAGGACCAAAGCACAUGGGGGACUACCACUCGCUCGGACAGCUGUGCCAUUCCUGGGGUGACACAACGCAUACUUGACGUGUCCACUCCACAAAAAUUCUGAUCUCUCGAACGCAAGAGGAAAAAAAAGAGCCAAGAUGAUGGAGAUGAAACUCUUCGUUAAGCUUUCAUAUCAAAAUCGUUCCAAACUAUCGUUUUUAUAGAGAAGGAGGUUGAUAGCAAUGUAACAAGUUAAAGAGCGAAAAUAAAGCCAACAUGAAUUCACUAACAAUAAAAGAAACAACACCCCCACCUCAUACCGGUGGCGAAUUUAUGAGUCAACGACAUGUGUGUCGUCUGGUAAAUUGCGACAAAUGUUUUCAGUUUCUCUUUUUAACUUGGAAAUUUACUACUUUGUUAUAAGUUAUUAUAAUAAUGUAAUCACGUCAAUUUUAAAACAUACUUUCUGACCUAAGUGCCUGUUGAUUAAUUUGAUUAAAUAUAGAAACUGUAAUAUAUAUCUUUAUAUAGUUUUCAAUCAAUUUUUGUUAAAAGAAACAUUAGCGUCGAGCCCUUGAAAAAUGUAAAUUCGCCACCGCGUCGUGCGAAAACAGCGAAAUCCGGCAGACUGUAAAACCAGUGAGUUUUUUUUUAACCGCGUUGCGCAUAAAUUCGUUAUCACGUUAUUUCAUUAAUGCAUUUAUUUAAAGCAGAGAUUUGCUUCGAAACUUUGCGAUACAAGAGAAAAACUGUUGUUACUGUUAUUAUAAUUUAUAUUUAAUCUUAAGUAAGCCGCGGUAAUGAAAACGUUACGAUUGUUUCGCGAAAUUUGCUGUGUGUUAAUGUAACGCUGGAGAAUUUCAGCGAAACAUGUGAUCUUGUAAAACCAAAACCUACUUGGAAUGUACAUCCCGCCAUAUAGCAAUAUUCUUCGACGCGUUUGACCUAUGCGUGUAACGAAAGCAUUUUAAAAGACUUGAUUAUGAGCGAACGUACUCCUAGAUCAUAAUCGAUGGAAAUAAAUAAACGUUUCCCUGUCCCUUUUCCCUUUAAUUAAAAGGAGGCAUAUAUUGCGACAUCGAUUUAAUAUUUUGAUAAUCAUACGAAAGGCAUUUCGCCGAUUACGGAGGAAGAAGUAAAAUAAAGCUUGUCGGAAACUGUAAUAUAUAUCGUACGGAUAAAAUUGAUUUAUUGAACAGAAGGCCCAAGCACUCGAAGCACUUGAAGACGGAGGUAAGCAACGCUUCGUCUCGAGCGCACGAAAGAAGAGAAUUGAGCCUCGGAAAACUUUUUGUGCCUCUUAUAUUCGAUAACUCCAACUCCGUCAAGGUAGGUUUUAUUAGCAACCCGCUAAUAAUAUCGAAAGAACAGAGUUAUGCCGCGACGUAUGCAAACUGUGUGCGCAGGUAUGUAUGCGUGCGUAAUUAUAUAGUUAUGGUGAACGAAAUCAGUUUAUAUCAUAUAUAGUUGUAAUUAUCGUGAGACUGUGAUAUAACGACAGCCGCCGACUGUAUUAUUUGUUUCGCAUCGAACGACCGAAGGUACAAUAAAGACGAUACCAGUAA